AUGAAAGAAGAUAAAGAUACGCCACUUCAACCAGAAGAAAAUGAAUUAUAUCGAGUUAGAACCCAAGAAAAUACUGAGCAUAUAAAUAGUGAAGACCUCAGUCCCAAUGCCCAGAGAAUAACUAGCGAAACUGAUGAACUUAAUUUUCAACCUAUUUCGCUUGAUCAUCCUUUAGAUUUUAAGCAGAAAUCCGAAAGCAAUGCUGUCUAUUCCUCAAUAAUAGGCUACGCAAAAUUCACCAGAUGAUAUUCAAUCAUAGACUGCUUGAUUUGUUUAAUUUUUCUGAUUUCUGAGUUUUACUAUCUCGUUUUGCUUAUUUUUGUCCCUAUUAUAGGCUAUUUAGCGGGAUAUCAUUUAAAUAAGCUUCUUCUAACAGGAUACAUUAUAUACGAAGUGAUUAUUUCAGUAAUCAGGGUUUUGAUUAUUCCAAUUUCUAAUUUUUUAUUAUUCAAAGUGCUGACAACCAUGACUGUUAUUUUCACAUUUUUUAUUGUGCUAUUCUUGAUUCGGUUUUACAGGCAUUUAGGGAAAAUUAAUGAAGAAGAAAAGCAAGAAAUUCAUGUGCUUUUGCAUAAGCGGAUUAAGUCGCAUGAAAUCCCAAAAAAAGAAUUUAAUUAA